AUGCGCCGGAUUGCUUCCGUCUUCAAGCGCGGCGACAAGAACAAGGACAAGGCCAAGGGUCCAACGCCGACGGAGCCGCCGCCGGGGCUGUCGCCCUCGCCCGCACCGUCGCCCUCGCGGCUGAGCACAUUGCCGCGGUCGACGAGCAAGAAGGGACUCAGACUGCCGUCGUCCAGGAUCACGGUCUCGACGGAACCACCGGCACUGCCUGUCUUGGAUGCCCAUCACUCGUCCUCGUCGUCCUCAACUGGUUCCGCUUCCCUGCAAACCCCGGACGACUCGCACUCGGAUCGACACAGUCACCCCAAGGGCGGCCUCGCGUGGCUGCACUGGGCACAGCCGUCCCCCGCAUCGAGCACGUCGCUCGGUCUGGGCUGGCCAGAGUCUGUUUCACCCUCGCGCUCGUCGCGGGCGGUGAGCGAGGACGAUCUGUCUGAACACUCGUCGCUCGAUGCGGAACUCGGCCCGGUCGAAUACUUCGCGGCACUCACGUCCCAGCGCCUAGAGCAACCGUUCUCUGCGCCGCCGCUCCUGUCUUGCCCAGAUUCACCACUCUUCCCACGUUCCGUCAACGCGCUCUCGACAGUAGACAGCGCUCCAUCUUUGGCAGCGGACAUGCACCGCGCACGUUUGCUAGCCCGUCUCAACAAACGUGAUCUCUCACAGGCCGACCGUGUGGCGUUUCAUGCCUUUGGGACGCGCCCCGCAGCGAAGGCCGUGCGAAGAAACAAGCGCCGGAGAGUCGACGAGGGUGCUCGCUACGAUCUGUCGCAGCUCACCCACGCGUCACGCGGCCUCCGCCGCUGGAUAGAUCGACCCUACUUCGAAGAGCGCAUGGCGUUAUGGCAGCCGGAUGUGGCGACAGGGAAUAUUCUGCAGACCGCCGUCAAGGGCUCAGGAUUCGCCGUUUUCGCUCUCGACGUAUCACCCACGCUCGAGUUUCUGGCGGCUGACGUUGAUGCUGCUGAUACUCCAACAUUGACACCUUCGCCCUCAUCAUCAUCGGCACCGGCAACACCUGCCAGCGUCUCAGUCCCGAACUUUCCUGUCCCGGACAAAUAUACACCCUACAAGGCGACGCCCUCGCCUCUUCGGCAGAACGCCAAUACCUCAACGUCCUCUUUCAUGACAUUAUCUCCUUCCGCCUCCGCCCCUGCUGCAUCACCCGUCUCGUCUUCGCCGUCUCACGCAGAACCGCUUCCAUCAUCCUCGUCAACCAGCACCAUCAUGCCGUCAGUCGUCGUUCUCUCGCCAACGCCCGAACCCUCGCCCUCAAACACCAGCAAACGUGGUGUGCGCUUCACGCCUAGCGUCAAAUCUGUGGACGCCAUCCCGUCCGACUACGCCGAGCGAAUGGCCAAGCAGAAGACCGAAAAGGCACGCUUCCUGCGCGAAGAGAAGGAGCGGCGGGAGCAUGAAGCCGAGCGUUUGCGGCACGAUGAAGAGCGCAAGCGAUGGGAGGACGAACGUCGUGCAUGGGAACGCGAAAAGAAAGCUAUCGAGGAGGAUCGCCGCCGCAAGGGUUACGCUGACGAGCUCGCCGCCGCAAGAGCCCGCCGAGAGAGCAUGAACGUCCUGCCGACGCACCGCAGGGACACGGCCGCCGCGCUUACCGAGACCUACACGCGGCCGGCGUACGAUGAGCGCCGCCAAUCAUUUGGGUCUACGCAUAGCCCAAGCACUCAUAGCCCCAGCUCCAUGCGGUCACCCAUGCCGCGUUCCGUUAGCAGCUCACGCGCUCCGUCGAGUGUAGCGAGCGGCGCUGUCGACGAGCGCUCCGCCCGAGCGUCUCGCCGGCAAAGCGCUGUGUCCGAGAGCUCCCUCCGCGGCAGCACAUAUGGUAGCUUCGGCUACCCCGUUCCGCCUGUCCCGCCUGUCCCGAUGAUGCCAGCGUACGGCGUGCCCAUGGCCGUGCCGAUGUUGGUCCCAGCUCAAGCGCAGAUGAUGAUGGGUAUGGGCCAGAUGAAUCUGGGCAUGGGCAUGGGCGUGGGCAUGGUCCCGAUGAUGGGUCAGGAGAUGGCCAUGCCGCUCCUCCCGCCGAACGCGCCGUUCAUGAUGCACAGCAAUGGUUCUCGUUCCCGUUCUACUUCUGCGCCCCGCAAUGGCUCUCGUGAACGCGUGUCUUCCGGUGCCAGUCGCAAUUACAGCAGCGGUACCCCGUCACCCAAUGCCUCUUCCGAACGCCUCGCUGUCGCCAAUCGCGGCCGCUCGCACAACCGCGCCAGUCUGACACCGAGUCCGCACGAAUCGCAGACGCAUGCCCAAGCCCGGUCGAGCAGUACGCAUGGAGGGGCCCGCGUUUCCGCGUCUACGCACUCACAUUCACAUGCUCCGCGCCCACCAGUGCUACAACAGAACUCUUGGAGCGGCGUAGGUGUACACUCGCAACCUCCGCACUCGGCACCGGUACCUGCCCGGCGUUCGACGGCGUUCUCGUGA